AAUAAAGCAAUUUCACAUGUCACAGUUUACGACCAACUCAUAACAGGUUCAAAAUGCUUUUGACAAGCUUUACAUUAAACCUAUACGUUAUCAGUUCUUCGACGGGUAUAUCAGAGAAUUCAUAUCUUCCAGCAGAGCCAGACAAAUUAGCUGACCCCUAAAUUAGACUGGUCUUCACGAGACGACACUCGAUGUUAAAAUAAACUAAUCACAAAAGCACAACACGCUUAUAAUCGAAAGGAACAGUACAUGGAAAAGCACAAGUGAGACAGGCAAUGCCACUGUACACGGAUGAAACAGAAAACUAUCGAAUGUUUUAGAUCUUGUUUACAUUUACUCGAAGCAGCUUUAAACAUUUCAUGCGCAUAAAACUUUCUCAAAAAUAUUUGGCAUUAAGCUCCCUCCGUCAAUUCCUAAUCAACGUAAUCUUGUUAAUAACGCAGGGGUAUCAGUGAAUGAGUUAACUGGAUAUCUGUCAGCUGCCAGCACAAUAACUUUAUGCUUAUCGAGAAUUUUAUGCAUUCCAACCACUUGUUUGCUAUAAUCUUUCUGGCGACUGUAUGUUUAAUCACAGGAAAUUGUCUAGUUGAUGCUUUUGUAAAAUGGUUGGCAAACCCCUUUGUGUUCACGUAAUUUUUUUCGGUUUUAUUCAGCUGCUUUGUAAAGUAAAACUAAGACGAUUCGUCAGAGUUUUUGAAGAUCAAAGAAGACUCACGCCACGACAAACGGACAAGCUCUCACUGAAUAGAGGAAGCAAUGGAGAGAAUCUAUUUCUUGGCUUUAACGCUCAGCUUUGUCACGGCAAAAGCAGUCGCAAGCCGGCGUCCACCCGAGAUCACGAAUUUCAUACAAAAGGAUUUAGUCAACCCAGAUGAUGUUGAAUCUAAAGGGUUUAAACUGCCUUGUGGAGCCGCAGGGACAAAUCUUUCAUGGACGUGGAAACAUAAUGAUACAGAGCUCACAUCGUUCAGGGGAUCACCGCAUUAUUCUCUCAAUAAAGAUGGCACUUUGAUUGGCAAAUAUUUAUCUUCCCAACACAGCGGGACUUAUCAGUGUAUUGUUAAGGAUAAGGACACUAAAAUUGAAGUAUUCAGUAGAAAAGCGAGAGUCGCUAUAACAGCUCAUGGUGAAUUCAUCGAUAGCAGCAGCAAGAGUGUAGCGGUUGACCUUGGAAAGCCUUUCCGAUUUCAGUGUCCCAAACACACAGCGGGCUUUGGCACUUCAUACGCUUGGGUAAAACCAUCAAAUAUCCACUUGUCGAGGAGCGAACGACGAGGAUUAUCUCCAGACGGGACUUUGUUAAUCGCUUACCUCACCCAGGAGGAUAUCGACGAGGUUAACUACGGUGGCAUAAAGUGUCAAAUAAGCGCUGGGAGUAGCUACGAAGAUUCUGGAAAAUUACGUCUUGUGAAGAAGAACCCUCAACAGAAAGGUAGAGAAUAGGCGCGUACUUGCGGAC